AUGACUGUUGUGUCCCGUGAGAACCUGGACGAGACUGUGGUAGUUUCUCCCCUGUACCAAGAUGAUUGCGACGUGGAGCGAGGCGAUCAGGAGUGCAGCGAGAGGGUUGUCAUCAACAUCUCCGGGCUGCGCUUCGAAACACAACUGAAGACCCUCUCGCGCUUUCCCACCACGCUCUUGGGAGACCCGCGUAAAAGGAUGCGCUUUUUCGAUCCGUUGAGAAAUGAGUACUUUUUUGACAGGAAUAGACCCAGCUUUGAUGCUAUCCUUUAUUAUUACCAGUCUGGAGGAAGGCUUAGGAGACCUGUCAACGUUACCAUGGACAUUUUCAUGGAAGAAAUGAAAUUUUAUGAAAUUGAAGAUGAGGCCAUAGAGAUGUUCAAAGAAGAUGAAGGUAUGAUCAUAGAGGUGGAACGUCCGAUGCCUGACAACGAGUUUCAGCGCCAGAUGUGGUUGUUAUUUGAGUACCCGGAGAGCUCAGGGCCUGCCCGGAUGAUCGCUGUCGUAUCAGUCAGUGUGAUUUUGAUAUCCAUUGUGAUAUUCUGUCUAGAGACUUUGCCACAGUUCAGGGAAGAUACCAGCGCAGGCCUACCAUUCAGUAAUCACCUCACCACGAAUGGGACUACUGUCCAUAGAAAACCCAAUCCAUUCACAGAUCCGUUUUUCAUGGUGGAGACACUUUGCAUCGUGUGGUUUUCCUUUGAGUUUCUCAUGAGGUUUUUAUCGUGCCCGUGCAAACCGGCUUUUUUCAAAAACGCAAUGAACUCCAUCGAUAUCUUAGCGAUUGCACCUUAUUUCAUAACCCUUGGCCUUGAACUCGCAGAGCUACAGGGAGCAGGAAGCGAGCAGGCCAUGUCGUUAGCCAUACUCAGAGUCAUCCGUUUGGUUCGAGUCUUCAGGAUUUUUAAACUUUCCAGGCACUCCAAGGGGCUCCAAAUUCUGGGCCAGACACUCCACGCCAGCAUCAGCGAACUCGGGCUUUUGAUAUUCUUUCUUCUCAUAGGGGUUAUUCUGUUUUCCAGCGCUGUUUAUUUUGCAGAGGCAGACGACCCUGAAUCGGGAUUCUCAAGUAUCCCCGCCGCUUUCUGGUGGGCAGUGGUGUCCAUGACUACGGUUGGAUAUGGAGACAUGUGCCCGGUUACAAUUGGUGGCAAAAUAGUGGGAUCUAUGUGUGCCAUCGCAGGAGUGCUGACCAUUGCCCUACCUGUCCCUGUCAUCGUGUCCAAUUUUAACUAUUUCUAUCACAGAGAGCGUAAUGACGAGGAAACCGCCGUGUAUACCCACGUGACUUGUGGUCAACAGAACGCUUCAUUUGGAGAAUUCAAAUCGACCAGCGACAGCAAACAGUCCCUCACCAAAUCAGAGUACAUGGAAGAGGAUUCUUGCGAGACUAUCAGAUUAACAAACUUCAACCCAUUUGAACAGUACACUGGCAAGCUGACGGAUGUAUGAAAACAAGCAUCGGCCUAGUUGAGCAGAAAAACCUGUCUUGGUGAGCAGACGACCUGUGUAGUUUAUUACGCGCGCUUUUACGCACGCUGUUAGUUGGCAUGUAAUCUUCAAAUAUCUUGAAUUAAUUUGUUGGAUACCCACAGUAGGUUUAUAGCUUCAUUAGAGUAAUCUCAGGUCAGUGCGAGGCCUAUGUGCAUGUUUGAAUAAUUGCGCGCGUUUUUACUCACGCUAUUACGCACAGUGUUUGUUGGCAUAUAAUCUUAAAAUAACUUAAAUUAAUUUGUUUGACACCUUCAGUAGGCAUAUAGCUGUUUAGAACUGCGUUGCUUUUGGAUAGCCUAUAGAAUUUCUGAACUCGGAGCGCCACUGUGUGGUUGAAAUGCAGUCGUGCAGCAGACGCUUUCAAGGUAAAACAUUCUAAUCGCUAUUUAGGUUAUCUGGACAGUGUGCAAGACAUUGCUGAUGAUGAAAGUGUGUGUAUUAUUUACUAUAUUGACUGUACAUGAAUUGUCCCUAAAAAGCUUGUUAGAAACAUUUUGGACUGAAGUGAUGGAAUACCACCGCACACAAAAAAGCAUGAUCUUCUUUCUACUUGCAGGGGACAAGAUCAAAGACCCUUGCCUUUCUGUUCCACUUGAAACGAAAUACGAUUCCAUAUAUAUUUGUAACUGGAAAAGUCAAGAUAUUGAACAAACAUCACACGCUUGUCCCAUUAACUACUGGCCAGCAAUGUGAGAUGACAGGUGCUGCUACAUCAUCAAAUGGAGAGCCCCCUGAACAAACUACACUUUUGGAAAAUAGUCUUUGGAAUAGUCUUUGGAAAAUAGAUACUUUUCUUUUUAACUCAAUGAACCUUUCAAUGUACUUUGCAAUGUAUUCAAUUAACUGAAAUGACUACUGUGUAGAUAUCCUGUAAUGUAUUGUUGUAAAUAUGCCUAUAUUGUAAAUGCUAUCCUUAUGUUCUCAGCUCAGAAUCUUAAUGCAAACAUGCCUUGCUCUGCGUGCCCUUAUGUGGAAGAUUUUGAAGGAACUAUUUGUGUAGUCCUUUAUUUUAUAUAACUAUUUAUUGUACAAAAAUGCAGAUUUAGCUGUAAACGGUCCUUGGGAAUUAAUCACUGGUCUUAAAAUAACUUGCCCAUAGGAAUCUAAUUAUGUCUGCAUUUUAGGAGAAAUCAAUUGUACUCUAAAAUGUUAAUGAAAUAUCUAUUUAUAUUUUUCUAAGAUUGUAAAAUUGUAUGUGAACUUUUGAACUAUAUUUUUUAAAUAAAUAAAUGCUUAUUAUUUUGCUAUCAUAUUUAUUACAGAUCCUCCCAACGAGAGUGAAUGUUUGGUCAUAUUAUAGAGUGGGAUGGGAGUGUCCUUAACUAGUUAAUAUGGCAACAGACUGCAUUAACUUAAUCGAAGGCAGACAGUGAUAUAUUAAGUGUAUAAUAUCAAUACAAUAGGCCCAUUUGCAGCACCGGCUAGCAGCACAUUUUAGCAGAUUAAACUAAGCAGAGAGAGAGAGAGGUGGGAGGGGGAGGGAGGGAGAGGGAGGGAGGGAAGGAGAGAGAGUCUUCUCAUUCUUUGUUGAUUUCAAAAAAGCAUUUGACUCAAUUUGGCAUGAGGGUCUGCUAUACAAAUUGAUGGAAAGCGGUGUUGGGGGAAAAACAUACGACAUUAUAAAAUCCAUGUACACAAAUAACAAGUGUGCAGUUAAAAGUGGCAAAACACACAAACAUUUCUUUCCACAGGGCCGUGGGGUGAGACAGGGAUGCAGCUUGAGCCCCACCCUCUUCAACAUACAGUGGGGAAAAAAAGUAUUUAGUCAGCCACCAAUCGUGCAAGUUCUCCCACUUAAAAAGAUGAGAGAGGCCUGUAAUUUUCAUCAUAGGUACACGUCAACUAUGACAGACAAAUUGAGGAAAAAAAAUCCAGAAAAUCACAUUGUAGGAUUUUUAAUGAAUUUAUUUGCAAAUUAUGGUGGAAAAUAAUUAUUUGGUCACCUACAAACAAGCAAGAUUUCUGGCUCUCACAGACCUGUAACUUCUUCUUUAAGAGGCUCCUCUGUCCUCCACUCGUUACCCGUAUUAAUGGCACCUGUUUGAACUUGUUAUCAGUAUAAAAGACACCUGUCUACAACCUCAAACAGUCACACUCCAAACUCCACUAUGGCCAAGACCAAAGAGCUGUCAAAGGACACCAGAAACAAAAUUGUAGACCUGCACCAGGCUGGGAAGACUGAAUCUGCAAUAGGUAAGCAGCUUGGUUUGAAGAAAUCAACUGUGGUUGCAAUUAUUAGGAAAUGGAAGACAUACAAGACCACUGAUAAUCUCCCUCGAUCUGGGGCUCCACGCAAGAUCUCACCCUGUGGGGUCAAAAUGAUCACAAGAACGGUGAGCAAAAAUCCCAGAACCACACGGGGGGACCUAGUGAAUGACCUGCAGAGAGCUGGGACCAAAGUAACAAAGCCUACCAUCAGUAACACACUACGCUGCCAGGGACUCAAAUCCUGCAGUGCCAGACGUGUCCCCCUGCUUAAGCCAGUACAUGUCCAGGCCCGUCUGAAGUUUGCUAGAGUGCAUUUGGAUGAUCCAGAAGAGGAUUGGGAGAAUGUCAUAUGGUCAGAUGAAACCAAAAUAGAACUUUUUGGUAAAAACUCAACUCGUCGUGUUUGGAGGACAAAGAAUGCUGAGUUGCAUCCAAAGAACACCAUACCUACUGUGAAGCAUGGGGGUGGAAACAUCAUGCUUUGGGGCUGUUUUUCUGCAAAGGGACCAGGACGACUGAUCCGUGUAAAGGAAAGAAUGAAUAGGGCCAUGUAUCGUGAGAUUUUGAGUGAAAACCUCCUUCCAUCAGCAAGGGCAUUGAAGAUGAAACGUGGCUGGGUCUUUCAGCAUGACAAUAAUCCCAAACACACCGCCCGGGCAACGAAGGAGUGGCUUCGUAAGAAGCAUUUCAAGGUCCUGGAGUGGCCUAGCCAGUCUCCAGAUCUCAACCCCAUAGAAAAUCUUUGGAGGGAGUUGAAAGUCUGUGUUGCCCAGCGACAGCCCCAAAACAUCACUGCUCUAAAGGAGAUCUGCAUGGAGGAAUGGGCCAAAAUACCAGCAACAGUGUGUGAAAACCUUGUGAAGACUUACAGAAAACGUUUGACCUGUGUCAUUGCCAACAAAUGGUAUAUAAUAAAGUAUUGAGAAACUUUUGUUAUUGACCAAAUACUUAUUUUCCACCAUAAUUUGCAAAUAAAUUCAUUAAAAAUCCUACAAUGUGAUUUUCUGGAUUUUUUUUUCUCAUUUUGUCUGUCAUAGUUGACGUGUACCUAUGAUGAAAAUUACAGGCCUCUCUCAUCUUUUUAAGUGGGAGAACUUGCACAAUUGGUGGCUGACUAAAUACUUUUUUUCCCCACUGUAUAUAUCAACGAAUUGGCGAGGGCACUAGAACAGUCUGCAGCACCCGGCCUCACCCUACUAGAAUCUGAAGUCAAAUGUCUACUGUUUUCUGAUGAUCUUGUGCUUCUGUCCCCAACCAAGGAGGGCCUACAGCAGCACCUAGAUCUUCUGCACAGAUUCUGUCAGACCUGGGCCCUGAUGGUAAAUCUUAGUAAGAAAAAUAUAAUGGUGUUCCAAAAAAGGUCCAGUUGCCAGGACCACAAAUACAAAUUACAUCUAGACACUGUUGCCCUAGGGCACACAAAAAACGAUACAUACCUCGGCUUAAACAUCAGCGCCACAGGUAACUUCCACAAGGGCCUUCUACGCCAUCAAAAGGAACAUAAAAUUCUACAUACCAAUUAGGAUUUGGCAAAAAAUACUUGAAUCAGUUAUGGAACCCAUUGCCCUUGAUGGUUGUGAGGUCUGGGGUCCGCUCACCAACCAAUAAUUCACAAAAUGGGACAAACAUCAAAUUGAGACUGCAUGCAGAAUUCUGCAAAAAUAUCCUCUGUGUACAAUGUAAAACACUAAACAAUGCAUGCAGAGCAGAAUUAGGCCGAUACCCGCUAAUUAUCAAAAUCCAGAAAAGAGCAAUUAAAUUCUACAACCACCUAAAAGGAAGCGAUUCACAAACCUUCCAUAACAAAGCCAUCACCUACAGAGAUAUGAACCUGGAGAAGAGUCUCCUAAGUAAGCUGGUCCUGGGGCACAGAGCCCCAGGACAGCAACACAAUUAGACCCAACUAAAUCAUGAGAAAACAAAAAAUAAUUACUUGACACAUUGGAAAGAUUUAACAAAAAAACAGAGCAAACUAGAAUGCUAUUUUGCCCUAAACAGAGAGUACACAGUGGCAGAAUACCUGACCACUGUGACUGACCCAAAAUCAAGGAAAGCUUUGACUAUGUACAGACUCAGUGAGCAUAGCCUUGCUAUUGAGAGAGGCCGCUGUAGGCAGACCUGGCUCUCAAAGAAGACAGGCUAUGUGCACACUGCCCACAAAAUGAGGUGGAAACUGAGCUGCACUUCCUAACCUCUUGACAAAUGUAUGACCAUAUUAGAGACACAUAUUUCCCUCAGAUUACACAGACCAACAAAUAAUUUGAAAACAAAUCCAAUUUUGAUAAACUCCCAUAUCUAUUGGGUGAAAUACCACAGUGUGCCAUCACAGCAGCAAUAUUUGUGACCUGUUGUCACAAAAAAAGGACAACCAGUGAAGAACAAACACCAUUGUAAAUACAACCCAUGUUUACGUUUAUUUGAUUUCCCUUUUGUACUUUAACUAUUUGCACAUUGUUACAACACUGUAUAUAGACAUAAUAUGACAUUUGAAAUGUCUUUAUUUAUUUGGAACUUUUGUGAGUGUAAUCUUUACUGUUAAUUUUAUAUUGUUUAUUUCACUCUUGUUUAUUAUCUAUUUCACUUGUUUUGGCAAUGUAAACAAACAUAUGUUUCCCAUGCCAUUAAAGCCCAUUGAAUUAAAUUGAGAGAUAGAGCGAGAGAGAGAUCCUGAGGAUGGGGAGUAGUAUAAAGGAACACCUUUAAGUUGGCUUCCCGCUCUGUAACAUUACUAAUGGAUUUGGAGUGUUUAGCACAACAGUACCUAGAUAGCUGAGCUUUAGAGUGAGUGGGCUCGAUCCCUGCAAUUGCUCACAGUUCGAUUCUCAUGUGUCACGUAGAGUAAUGCUGUUCUCAGAUGUGCACUUUGUGCUUCAUAACAACCACAAGAUAAGCUGUAAUACAAUGUAUUAUGCAUGUGUCUGAUCAUGUAAUACUAUGCAAUUGAUUAGGUAAUAUCAUGGAGAGUGUGUUAUGGAGAUGUGUUGUGCAGAGAGGGAGGGUUGGGAAUAUGAACGAUUUCUUAUUAAUGAUAUUCGAGCUCACUCCAAUUGAUGUUUUCCUUAAUGUCUAUCAAUUAUAUUUUUAGAAUUUGAUAUGUCAAUUAGAUCAAUUUUAAAGACACACAACAAAAGACAGUUGCAUAACAUCCUCGAGGAUGACGCGAAAAAGUUAGUUAUUUGCUUAUAUAUGAUCAGACAACUCCUAACAUUCACUCACGCAGCCCAUCUAAAAAAAAGUAUUUGAAUGAACUCACUGCAACUUGACUCAGAUUUAUCUUAACAUGCCUGUUUUCAAUUCGUCCUAUUGAUUAGAUUGACAGUAACAACAACAACAGAACAUUGGUGGUCAGUAUCAUAAUCGAGCGCGCUCUGUUCGGAAACGCGCUGCUCGCGACCGCUGUCCAUGGUGCUGAAAUUGUCUUUCCGGUCAGUGGCCACACAGAAUUUAGCUAAGAGGAGAGUAUGAACAACUGCGAAGUUGAGAGAGAAACAUGAAAACUGUAUGAAUGAAUUACUGUAGUUUAAGUUAUAACAUAUCAAUUUAUCUGUAGCUUAUCAUUAGGACCAUUGUUGAGUGGUUGGGAAAUAAUUAUUAAGGUACUGGCUGGCUCAUAACCCUUCCUUCAGAAGAGCAGAUAUUGCGCCAAUGCUGGCACACACAAUGCUGUUGCUUUUGUGGUGUAGAGAGAACUCGUGGCAGGAUGCUUUAGUAUAGCCGGUCUGCAUUGCGUCGAGCUUCUCUCUCUCUCUCUCUCUCUCUCUCUCUCUCUCUCUCUCUCUCUCUCUCUCUCUCUCUCUCUCUCUCUCUCUCUCUCUCUCUCUCUCUCUCUCUCUCUCUCUCUCUCUCUCUCUCUCUCUCUAAUACACACACCCUCUCCACCUCCACUCUCCUUGCAUGUGAAAUACCUAACAACAAUAUGCUGAACCAUUAUUAAGAAAUGAUUCUCUCUUCACAUAAUCGAUUCCUCCCUCUAUUUAAGCACCUCCAGUCUCCAUCCCCUCUUAACAGUGUGCCUGCUCGAGGUAAAACACAUCCUAGAAUGCCCGUCAUCUUGUCUAGGCUACUCGUAACAGGACAAUUUUGCUGAUGCGGUAAUGUCUGAAAAUGGCAAGGGUUCGCUUACUGCCCCUUAAUGUAUCUCCCCCCUGAAUUGCAGAAUAAGAAUUUAUCCUGCGGUAUAAGCAGUUCAAUCCGAAGUACCCCUACCGCACAACCGGCUACAGACGUUGCGGCUUACAUUUAGUUUUUCUGUUUUUCCAUCUUCACGUUUCUCCUCUGACUCCAGCGUGAUUUUACAUCGAAUGUCAAGAAGAGGCGACAGGAUCAAGAUGUAGACAAAUAAGUCAUUUAAGUUAUCCGAUACGAACGGCUCAGACAGUGAUGUCUUGAGUGUGUUAGCCCACCAGGUCGAUCUCACUCUGCACAGAGGAAAGCUCCAAUGUGUUGCGGUGGGGUUCAACGUAAAGUGUUAAUGUAUUAACACAUGACAACAACUCUCCGGAUGUCCUGGCUGUCCUAGCGUUGAAUGACUGUGCUUAGUCGCGGACAAGACGCAUUCCUUCAGGAUUCCUUCACGAUCAUCCUGAGGUAAGCCUUGAAAUUGGUGCACUCUGUCUGUCUGUAAUUUGAGGGUUUGGGGGGAAUACUUCCAAGGCUAUUGUUAUCUAUUACUACUAGGCCAUUCAGACUGUGACAGUAAGGCUAAAUUGAUGUUGUUUUCUAUAUUACUUUUAUUGCAUUUAACACUUCCUUAUUUGCGUGAGGCAAGUUUCAAACAGUGUUAUGCGACAAAACAUGCAUAUAAAGUGGUGCAAUUAUAUUACAUUUACCCUGUCAAUUAUAAUAUGCAUAGUCGAUUGCUUUAUGUUUAGCUUAUCACCGAUAAAACAAUAUAGUUUGCCCCUUUAAACGCUGAUAAAUAAACAGACAGGAAAUGUAGCCGAGAGAGGCUAAAUAAAUAAAUAAAUGGCAGAAAUCGCUGAGCCAGCAUAUAUCUCCACUGCUCCUUAGAUCCAUUAUUUUCUCUUUUUUUUCUAUGACUGAUGACAGAGGCAUCAGCAGCAGCAGAUGCAGCGGAGAGCAGCAAUGGUCGAGUCAGCCAGAACCGCAGUGGAGCCGCACUGAGGCAAAGCAAGCUACCCCCCUAUCUGGGGACUAGAACAAGAAAUAGGGGGAGAAGAAGAAGAGUGGAGAAGGAAAUUGUACCCUGCCAAAACCUGAAUGCCGCCUGUUCAAUCAGAUUAACCGGACAACCGGAAUUCCACAACUCCUGCUGCAACAGAGCUCCCGAAUUCGAGCUACAAGAUGACCGUAGUGGCAGGAGAUAACAUGGACGAGACCGUGGCGGUGCCGGGGCACCCGCAGGACGCGUACCCCCUCGACCACGAAGACCACGACUGCUGUGAGAGGGUGGUCAUCAACAUAGCGGGGAUGCGGUUCGAGACUCAGCUCAAAACUCUCUCCCAGUUCCCCGAGACAUUGCUAGGCAACCCCAAGAAGAGGAUGCGCUACUUUGACCACCUGAGAAACGAGUAUUUCUUUGAUAGAAACCGUCCCAGUUUCGAUGCCAUCCUGUACUAUUACCAGUCUGGGGGUAGGCUGAGAAGGCCCGUCAACGUCCCAUUGGAUAUGUUCUCGGAAGAGAUAAAGUUUUAUGAGUUGGGAGUGGAUGCCAUGGAGAAAUUCCGUGAGGAUGAGGGCUUCGUCAGGGAGGAAGAACGUCCUUUACCUGAAAAGGAGUUCCAGCGUCAGAUCUGGCUGCUUUUUGAGCACCCAGAGAGCUCGGGUCCAGCCAGAGGGAUUGCUAUAGUAUCUGUAAUGGUAAUUCUGAUUUCUAUAGUCAUAUUUUGUUUAGAGACUUUACCUGACUUGAAAGAAGACCCUAAGGGUCGGUUUAAGACUGUAGGGAACCAUACUUUUUACUACAAACCAAACAUCCUAACCGACCCCUUCUUCAUUAUUGAAACUCUUUGCAUUAUCUGGUUCUCGUUUGAGUUGAUAGUGCGUUUUUUCGCGUGUCCAAGCAAGGCGGUCUUCUCCAAAAACAUGAUGAACAUCAUCGAUAUAGUGGCCAUCAUCCCUUACUUCAUCACACUGGGCACGGAGCUGGCUGAGGACCCCGAAGACCAGGACGAGGGCAUGGGGGAGCAGGCAACAUCUCUGGCCAUCCUCAGGGUGAUCCGUCUGGUCAGAGUGUUUAGAAUCUUCAAGCUGUCACGACACUCCAAAGGAUUGCAGAUCCUGGGACAGACCCUCAAGGCCAGUAUGCGUGAGCUCGGAUUGCUGAUCUUCUUCCUCUUCAUUGGAGUCAUCCUGUUCUCCAGCGCGGUGUACUUCGCAGAGGCCGAGGAGAAAGGGUCGUACUUCGGCAGCAUCCCAGAAGCCUUUUGGUGGGCCGUGGUAUCUAUGACAACUGUGGGCUAUGGGGACAUGGUGCCUGUCACUAUAGGGGGUAAGAUAGUGGGCUCCCUUUGCGCCAUAGCUGGUGUGUUGACGAUUGCGCUCCCAGUGCCUGUCAUUGUGUCAAACUUCAACUACUUCUACCAUAGGGAGACCGAGGGAGAGGAGCAGGCCCAACUCUUAAACGUUAGUGAACCAAACAUUAGUGAAAGCAACUCUAGUCGCCGUAGCUCGUCCACUGUCAGCAAAUCAGAGUACAUGGAGAUUGAUGGAGAUAUAAAUAAUAGCAUCGACAACUUUAGAGAGGCAAACCUCAGAACUGGCAAUUGCACUAUAGCCAACCAAAACUGUGUAAAUAAAAGCAAGCUGCUUACAGAUGUGUAG